AUGUUUACACAACAACCAGUAAGAGAAGCUAAAAGCAAAGAUGAAUGGAGUCCAUAUGAAGAUAAUUGUGGAACAUGUGUUGUUAUUAAAGGAGAAGAUUUUGUUGUGGUUGCUAGUGAUACACGUAUGAGCAGAGACUAUAUGAUAUUAACAAGAAAUGAUUCCAAAAUAUACCCAUUAACAUCUAAAUGUAUUUUUACUGGAAGUGGAAUGAGAGCAGAUAUGAAAGAAUUAACUGAUCAAAUCAAAGCACAUAUUAAGAAUUAUAAAUAUGAAAAUGGUAAAGAAAUGUCAACAGAAUCAGUAGCACAAGUAUUAUCAAAUACAUUAUAUUCACAUCGAUUCUUCCCAUAUUAUUCAUUUUCAUUAUUAGCUGGAAUUAAUAGUAAAGGGAAAGCAGUUACUUAUAAUUAUGAUGCAGUUGGAUCAUUUGAAGAAAGAAAGUAUUCAUGUAGUGGUAGUGGAGAAGAGUUAGCAUAUCCAUUACUUGAUUCAUUAUUAAAAGAUAGAACAGAACCAUUAGGAGAGCAAGAAGCAAUAAACAUUGCAAGAGAUGUGAUGACUUCUGCUUGUGAAAGAGACAUACAUACUGGAGAUAAUGUUGAAAUAGUAAUUCUUAAUUCCAAAGGAAUAAGAAAAGAAGUACAUUUUAUGGCUAGUGACUAA